AUGAAAUUCGUUUCAAAAUAUAAAAUAUAUGAUGGUUCGGCUGAUUGUCUUUACAAAGAAGAUGAAAAUUGGACCUCCAACGAUACGAUUAUGCACAUUGUCAAUAUGACAGAUCGUUUUAAAUGUUUAACAACCAAUCAGUGGGUAUCACGUCGACUGAUUGGUAAGGGUUACUGUUUGGAUGGUUCCGAUGCAUUUUACCUUGGUAUAUGUAAACGAGCGUCUGAUAUCGCUUGUCAGUUUCUACGUGGUCUUUAUAUACCGCCGAUUAACUACGUAUUCAAAGAAAAUUGUGAUGGUGAAAACAAGACAAUAUUUUUAAACAGGAAUGACACAGACGAAACAGAUUGUGAAGAAUGGCCAAAAUAUCGACGAUGCGAUGGCUAUUGGGAUUUGAGCAACGGAGAUGAUGAACUGAACUGUUCGAAUACAAUCCUUUCCUACAUCACACAUACCGUUACCAAAUGUCGAGCGAAUGAACAUUAUUGUAUGUUUUCAAAUGGAACAAUGGGUUGUUUAGCAAAAGAAUAUGCAGGCAAUGGUCAUGUCGAUUGCAUAGGUGGAACAGAUGAAAGAAAAACAUGUGCUUCGAGAGAUCCGAAAUCUCUAUUUCAAUGUUCUUCCGGUCAAUGUUUACCUUUAAAAAUAAUCUGUAAUGAAGAAUCUGAUUGUCGUUAUAAUGAAGAUGAAUUGAUUUGUCCAUGGUUUUACAAUGUGACCCAUCCGUCUGCGUAUAUGUUCAUUUGCAAAAAUGGAACAGCUAUUAAACGUGCUCAGUGGUGCAAUAAAAUCAUCGACUGCCAACCAGAUGCCGAAGAUGAAUGGUUUUGUGAUCUUAGUUAUCCGAAGACAAUGUAUUCUCUGAAUUUUCUUGAAGAAUAUCCUCCUCUCGUCAUCGAUUCAUCACCAAUAACAACCGAUAAGGCUUUGCAACUAUCCGCAUCAUUAACGAUGAGUAAUGAUUAUUCCUUCGAAUUUCCUGAUCUAGCCGACGAUUGGUAUUGCAAUCGUGGUCUUACAGUUACAACAAAGUCUUCAAGCGUCCAAUGUUUCUGUUCACCGAGCUAUUACGGUCCAAGAUGUCAGUACCAGUCGGAACGUGUAUUAAUUACUCUACGAGUUGAUACGCAGUCCACCCUAAGUGGUCAUGAGAAUCUACGAAAUGCUAUUCGAUUAAUCGCUUGUCUGAUGUUCAAUGAUCUAGUUGUGCAUCACGAAGUAAUUCUGCAUGUACCCUUGAUGAAACAGAUGUUCUAUCUAAACUAUCCGCGACCUCCACCAAAACAACAGGGAAAUUGGUCUGUUCGUCUCGAUGCCUUUUUAGUUGACGCAUUCAGUGUAAGUUUCAUAGCGGCUUGGAAUUUUGAUAUUCGUUUUUCUUUUCUUCCCUUCACUCGUCUGGUCUUACAUUUGAUGCUUCAAGAGCAAGAAAGUUGUAAUACUCUUUCUUGUGUUCAUGGUAAUUGCAGAAAGUAUUUGAAUUCACCACACAAAGAAUAUUGUCAGUGUGAACAACACUGGUCGGGUCAGUACUGCAAUAUUUCGACCAUCUGUUCAUGUACCGGAGGUGGACAAUGCCUUGAUCGAUAUCGAAGAACACUUUGUGUUUGUCCAUUAGGGCGUAUGGGCAAUGAUUGUCAUGCAUUAUUCAAUCCUUGCAAUAAUAUUCAAUGUGCUAAUGAUGGAACAUGCAUACCGUUAGAUGAACGACUGCCGAUAAAGUUCAUUUGUGCAUGUCGCAAAAGUUAUUAUGGGCCACGUUGUGAACUAGCUAAUGCCUAUAUUGAUAUUUACUUCUCUAAAUUCGAUUUCGAUUACAAUCGUCUACUAUCAUCUGCUGCUGUUGUUCAUUUUCUCGAGUCAAAAGAAGAUUCAUCCGAUAUUUUAUUUGUUCAAAAUCGUCUGCUGCAUAAACCAGUUCAAUUUGAUAAAUUAACUCGUGUUUUCAACAACGGUUAUAAGCAUCUGUCACCUUUUAUUCUUCUUCAAAUCUUCUUUGAGUCUAACAAAUUCGAAUAUUAUAUAGCUGCAAUUCUCAAAAGUCAACAAACACACAUCACUACGACCAUUCAUAAGCUGAAUCGCUGUCCUGAAAAAAGUGAAAUAUUAUCAACGUGCGUGCCAAGUGAACGAUAUCAUAAAAUGUUUCUAUGA